AUGGGCACCAUACGGGACCUGUCCCGAUUCGACGCACAGAUGUUCCGCGUCAACCCGAAACAGGCUAACCUCAUGGACCCUCAAAUACGGCUCCUAUUGGAGACCUCAUACGAGGCCAUCAUGGACGCAGGAUAUGAUCCUGACACAAUGCAGAGUCGCAACGUGGGCGUCUUCAUAGGCUGUUCAGCUUCUGACUCCGACGACGCAUUCAUUAUGAACACUGAAAAGAUAGACGGCUACAAUCUGCUGGGCACAAACAGGGCCAUGUUCUCCAACCGCAUUUCCCACGCCUUUGAUUUCACCGGUGCGUAUUUCUCUUCAGUUCAGCUGCCAUGA